AUGUCAUCUUCUGAUGAGCUGUCACUAAUAUUUAAGGUUUCAGGUGGUAGCCAAUUCACCUUGAGUGUUCCAAAAAGAUUGUCUAUUAAGGAAAUGAAGGAAAAGGUAUCAGAACCUUCAAAAAUACCUAGUACCCAACAAAGGUUGAUAUACAAAGGUCGUAUCUUAAAGGAUGAUGAUAGACUAGAAGAUUUGAACGCUGAGAAUGGACAUACAAUGCAUUUAGUAAGAUCUGGAGGUUCAUCAGCUGUCAAUGCACAAAGUGGAGUCUCAACAGCACCACAACCACAGACGACUACCCCCAUAUCUAACAUAAAUAACUCUAAUAUAUCUACCACCAAUCCUUCAACCACUCCUCAAAUGAGUAGUAAUAUGGAUUUUGCAUCACUUGCAGGUACUACUGGUACAAAUUUUGGUCAGAACUUCAGUAACUCAACUAUACCUGGAGGUGAUCCAUUUGCUGCGAUGAUGAACAACUUAUUAAGUGGCAAUGGAUUCGGUUCUAAUGCAUCUUAUCCACUAGGUGGAGGAGCUGCAAAUGCAACUGGAAUACCUGACUUCGCAUCUUUAAUGAAUUCUCCAGUAUUUCAACAAUCUAUGAAUGAAUUGGCUAAUAAUCCAGAGCUUGUUCGAAAUCUUUUGCGAUCUAACCCUAUGUUUAAUCAGUUGACUAUGAAUAAUCCAAUGCUAAAUCAGAUGCUAGAUAAUCCAGAAAUGCUGAGGAUGAUGUUAAAUCCUCAACUUAUUCAGAGCAUAUUUCAAGGUAACACAACCAAUGCAAAUUCUGGACAAUCAAUUCCAGGUACCAUAAAUUCGGCCCAAAAUCAGUUUACAGGAUUAGGACAGGGUGGAGUACCAGAUAUUUCUCAAUUGAGUAGUUUACUUAGAGAUCCUGCUAUGUCGUCUAUUCUUUCGGGUGGUGCAUUGAACAUCAGCUCAGGUCGUCCACCAAGUGAGUUAUAUUCAUCUCAACUAACACAGUUGAGAGAUAUGGGGUUUAUUGAUACUGAUGCAAACAUUGCAGCACUUCAGGAGACUGGGGGUGAUAUUAAUGCAGCAAUUAACAGACUACUAGAAAGAGGAGUCGGUCAAUAG